GAAAGAACUGUGAGAGACCCAACUUAACGCAACACUCAACGCAGCAAUCAACUCAACUAGAUAAAAGAAUACAUCGCUUGCACCACACAAAUGCACAUCGAAAUUUCAAGGGAAAGAAUUUAUUUUUUUUAUUGUUGUAUUUGUUAUAAAACGAGAAACGAACGGAUACAGUUUGUUUGUAAUAUUAUUUGACUCCGAUUUGACUUUUUCGAUUGGAUGAGUCGUCGUUAAAUGCCAUCAAUUGCUCAAUCAAUUUACAAGUGAACAAGUGAAGAUAUCAAUGCUUACAAUCACGUAGUUUGUAUAAGCACAAGAAUUAGUUCUGAAUUGAAAUAGUUCCAAACAAUGCACAACAACACAGUAAUGAUGUGUGAUAUUUAAUACGGGUGCGAUGUGAGCGGGGAUUCAGUAUUAAUCAAUUAAUAGAGUUACGACUGAGGUACUGAAAAAGUAAAAGAAACAGUGCUACACAAUACGGGAAAAAGAGAUGUCCACUUUGGUGCCAUUCGGAAAAUUAUCCACUCCAUCGCCAGAUCCAGAGGCAGAUGAGAAUAGCUCAAAACGACAAGCCACGAGGGUGUUCAAAAAGAGUUCAUCAAAUGGCAAAAUUACCGUUUACCUCGGAAAAAGAGAUUUUACACACGCUGAUCCCAUCGAUGGUGUUGUUUUAAUUGAUCCCGAUUAUGUGAAGGACCAUAAAGUAUUUGGCAGUGUAUUGGCCGCAUUUCGUUACGGACGUGAAGACUUAGACGUGCUUGGGCUGACGUUUCGUAAAGACUUGUACGUUGCACAAGAGCAAAUUUUUCCAAGAACCGAAAAAGAGAGGCCUCUGACCAGACUACAAGAACGUCUGAUCAAGAAACUUGGUUCGAAUGCCUAUCCAUUUUAUUUUGAAGUUCCACCACACUGUCCAGCCAGUGUGUCACUUCAACCUAGUCCCAAUGAAACGGGCAAACCAUGCGGUGUUGAUUAUGAAUUGAAAAUGUAUGUUGGCGAUCAAAUUGAUGACAAGCCACACAAGAGGAACUCAGUGCGUUUGGCCAUUCGAAAAAUUAUGUAUGCACCAUCGAAAAUUGGCGAGCAACCAUCAAUCGAAGUGAGCAAAGAGUUCAUGAUGAAACCAAACAAAAUUCAUUUAGAAGCCAGUUUGGACAAGGAGCUAUACCAUCACGGCGAAACAAUUUCCGUCAACGUUCACAUUGCCAAUAACUCAAAUCGCACAGUGAAAAAGAUUAAAGUGUCUGUGAGGCAAUUCGCAGAUAUUUGUCUAUUUUCAACAGCACAGUAUAAAUGCACGGUGGCUGAAAUUGAGUCCGACGACUCAGUGGGUCCUGGUUUUACAUUGAGCAAAGUAUUAACAUUACGGCCAUUGCUCAAGGACAAUAAGGAUAAGCGUGGCCUUGCAUUGGAUGGUCAACUGAAACAUGAUGACAGCAAUUUAGCAUCUAGCACAAUAAUCACCGAUCCAGCGCACAGAGAAAAUUUGGGUAUAAUCGUUCAAUACAAAGUAAAAGUGAAACUGUGUAUCGGCGGUCCGAUUUUGGGCGGAGAUUUAGUCGCAGAGCUGCCGUUCACUCUCAUGCAUCCGGAGCCAAUCGAUGAUGAACCUUGCUUUACACUAUCGGAUCGAGCCUCUAGCCGAACAAAUGCCAACUUACAGGCCACCAAAAUGGACGAACAUAACGAAAGUUCAACUAGUGGAAAUCUCAUUCAAUUAGAAGAUGAUGACUUCAAGGAUGAUGAUAUCAUUUUCGAAGAUUUCGCUCGACUCCGAUUGAAAGGUGAAGCUGAUUAAAUGACAUUCACCUGCAGUGAGAUUCACUCGUCUUCUUAUCAAAACGCAUAGCAUUAUUAUUGAAACUUUUAUUAUUAUUUUUCUAUUUGAAUUUUGCUUCAUUGUCUCAAUAUUCGGCCCAAUACAUGGAUUAAAUAAAAGAACAACAACAACAACAAAAAAAAUAAAACAAAGCCAACAUUAUAUUUGUAGGUAUAAUUGUAAUUAGUUUUGGAUAAAGAUUACUCUGCGUUUUCAAUGUAUUUUGAAAUGGGUGAUGUAUUUGACGCACACAUUUCUAGGUUAUGUUCAGUGUUUCAAUGUUUCUCUAUAGCCUAAAAAUGUUCAUUCUCGUUAAUUUUUUUUUUACUUUAAUAAAAAUACUUUGCAAAGACAGAAUGAUACACAAACACACACAA